CAUUUGGAAACUCGGGCACUGCCCGAGGGCCCGGGGUCAGUAGGGGGCCCCAUGAGAUGCCCCUGGUACCUUUUUCAUAGGCUUUUUUUGAGGUUUUUUGAAUUUGGGCAAGGACACAGGGACCCCAUGAUCCCUUAUUGCCUGGGGGCCCCAUGAGUUGUCAGUCCGCCCCUGGCUACUAAUUAUAAUUUACCUGAUGUACAAAAUCCUGUAAACAAAUUAUUAAAGUGCAAUAUAUCAAAUCGAC